UUCAUUUCUCUUUCUUAUUAUUUACAAAUGUAAAACCAUUCAUUGGUUUUUUGAAGUUGAGAGCAGUUGCUGGCUUUCAGUAUAAUGGACAAUUGGUGAUCAUUUCUGCUUGAAAAUCAAGAGAUAUAGUUCAUAAAGUUGUUAUUUUUCUUUAUGUUCUAAGUGGCCCUAUCAAUGUUUAGAGCAUGGCAUAAUAAAGAAACAGUGAAAUGAAAUUCAUGGCAAUUUGCUUAUAUCAGCUUAAUGCUGCUUGUGUUAGAGAUUUGGAUGUUAUGUUCUUGGCUGAUUGUUGAAUAUAUUAUUCGUUAGACAUAGUCUGUUUUAUAGUAGAAUUUCUUGCUUUUAUACUUGCUUCUUUAUGUGAACUUGAUUGUAUAAGAUAGAUAACGACUGAGUUCAAAUUAUAUGAGCACUCCAAACAAAUCAUAAACAAUUUUUAUGGUCCAUAAACCAUGCUCCAUUUAAACUGUUGGAAAUAUGUCUCCAUCUUGCCAACAGCUGAAAUUUACCACCUAAGUUGGCUUGAUUGUGCCUCCAACCCCCUCCAAAAAAGAAAAAAAAACAAGGGUCGUUAUCUUGACAAGAUUAUUGAUGGCUCUUAUUAAUUGCAGGGUUAACCUGCCAGCAAUGCUCUAGGUAGAGUUUUUUCCAAUCCUUUAAACAGACAUUCUAUUGAACUUCCACUCUAUUGUAUUUUUAGAUGAAUCUUCUUUUUCCUUUUUCAUGUUGGUUUCCUUUGUUGAUAGAUAGUUCGAAACCAUUUGUUAAUGCUAAUUUUGGUGGUGUUAUCCAGAAUUUUCGAGAGAAAUAAGAAAACUUAAGUGAAAGAAAAAUUAAACAUGGGAUGGUCAGUAAUAUUCCUUGUGUUUCGAUAUGUAAAUAAGUUGAAUCAAAUUAUUAUGGCUUGAUCACCAAGUUUGUAAAUAAGCAUGCAGGGAUGGAAAUGGCUCAACUCAUAUGUGGAGGUUGUCGAACAUUGCUAAUGUAUGCACGUGGAGCAGCAAGUAUAAGAUGCUCUUGCUGUCACACCAUUAAUGUUGCACCAGUGUUUCUUGCUGCAACUUAUAAGUUCAGGACAAGCUGAAAAAUCAACGAGCUUCAGCUCUUCCAUGAUGAGAAUUUUUCAGCAUGGUCUUUUGCGUCAGAGAGAUAAAGAAGCUCCAAGAUUAACUCUGAGUGGUUUCCAAUUCUUGUUGAUGGAUACAAAUGCUCAGCUUGGGUAUAUUAUUAGAGAGUAUAUCUCCAAUUCAGAGGUAUAUUUGAUGAGAUAAUUAUUGUGUUCUGCUUGGAACUUGUUUGCUAGAGCUAUUGUGUUUUACAGUUGUUAAGUUCUUGAAGGGGAAAUUGGCAUGAAUUUAUUGUAAAUUUUUAUUUGUUAUUGGUUUAUUAGUAUAUAUUAUCCUCUUAAAUGUGAAUGUACCCAAGGGGGUGUGACUGUGCGCAUGCACUAAAGUAAUAGCUUGUGUAUUCUUGUGUGCUUGAGCAUUAGCAGCUACUUUUAGUUCAAGGGAAAAAGGUGCCAUUUCCUAUAUGGGACUUUUGGUUGUAUAAGUGUUUGUGGAUUGAUGGAUCCAUAUACUGAUAAGCUUAAUGAAGGAAAAAUAGAAAUUGGCUCCUUGUCUUGGCCUUAUACUGAUAA